UAUUACAAUAUGUUGUGAUCGGUCUAACUUAUUAUCUAUUCCUAAUAUGUUACUAAUUUAUAAAUUAAAAUUUAUCUUAAAUGUGUAUAGAUAAAACAGUAUAUACACAGUAUAAUGGGUAUAAGAUAUAAGCUAGGAAGUUUUGAAACAUAAAUCCUUUGGAUAGGAGAAGAUAAGAACAAAGCCCUUAGAUUCAGCCAAGAUCUAACUCCAGCAAUGCUCCCUCAGUGUAACAUCCCUGGGCUAAAAGAUUUUGAGAAUAUUGCUGACUAACCUUUAAGCGGCAUAGGACAAAAACAGCAUCAUCCUGAGAAGUGGAGAACACUGUCGAGCAUGUACUGUGUACUUACGGGAGAAGAGGGCCUCACCAGUGGCGCAUCUUGUUUCUCCCACUCAAAAGUGAGCUGGCAGAAUGGCCUGAGCCUGGAGUUCCUUUGCCAGAGGUGCCCCAAAGCCAGCCCAUGCCUCAACGAUGUGAAUCUGAAACCUGCCCUGGAUGGACACAGGGAGGGUUAGGCCUCCUGCUGAGCAGCACACAGUCCUGCUGAGGAGCACUGGAACCAAACUGAUUUCUUUUGAGAAGAGAGGUCCUUCCCUGGAGUCUUCUCCCAUCACUUUCUUGUUUGCAGCGGAGAUCCAGCACUGUUUGGUCAACGCCGGGGACGUGGGGUGUGGUGUGUUUGAGUGCUUCGAGAACAACUCUUGUGAAAUCCAGGGAUUACAUGGGAUUUGCAUGACGUUUCUACACAACGCUGGAAAAUUCGAUGCCCAAGGCAAGUCAUUCAUCAAGGAUGCCCUGAGGUGCAAGGCCCAUGCCCUGCGGCAUAAAUUUGGCUGCAUCAGCAGGAAGUGUCCAGCAAUUAGGGAAAUGGUUUUCCAGUUGCAGAAGGAAUGCUAUCUCAAACAUGACCUGUGCUCGGCAGCACAGGAGAAUGUCGGCGUGCUUGUGGAGAUGAUUCAUUUCAAGGAUCUCCUGCUGCAUGAGCCCUAUGUGGACCUUGUGAACCUGCUGCUGACCUGCGGGGAAGAUGUGAAGGAGGCAGUCACCCGCAGCGUCCAGGCUCAGUGCGAGCAGAGCUGGGGAGGCCUCUGUUCCAUCCUGAGUUUCUGUACCUCCAAUGUACAGAGACCUCCCACAGCAGCCCCGGAGUAUCAGCCCCUGGCAGACAGGCCUCAUCUCUCCAGGCCUCACCACCGGGACACAGACCACCACCUAACAGCCAACAGAGGUGCCAAGGGUGAGCGAGGGAGCAAAAGCCACCUGAAUGCGCAUGCUCGAGGCGGAGCAGGUGGCCAGAGCGCCCAGGGACCCUCUGGAAGCAGUGAGUGGGAAGACGAGCAGUCUGAGUAUUCCGACAUCCGGAGGUGAAAUGAAAACCCAGCCAUGAAAGCUUUCCGACAGGCUGUCCAUUUUCUUAUCUAUGGACAUUCCAAAACAUUUACAUUAAAGAGGGGGGAUGUCACACGCAGGAUGUGUGCAAAUUGUGGACUUCGUGCAGGUGUGUAAACAGGUGAGAUGAAGAUUCCAGGGCAGCAAGGUCUCUGGGGCCUGGUGGGUUGGCACCCGUGGAAGCUUAUUGGAGGGAGUGUUGUCUUUAGUCGGCCUUGUUACUUCGUCUCUUCGGUUUGUGGAGCUAGUGGGUGGCUAAAGUAUGGUCAGCCAGGGAGGGAAGGGGUCACAGGUGGGUGGUAGAUCCUCCCCCACAGUUCCCAGUACUGUCUGCAGGGAGGAGGCGGCUGGGUUCUGGGGUAGGGCUGAGUGGGAAGUGUAGCUGAUGAGGCAGAGAGAGCAGAGAGGAUGAGGGGCUUAGCUCCACUCAGAACCAAACCAGAAGUUUAGUAUCAUGCAUGGGAUCUGUGUUUCAGAGCUGCUGGAGGGGACAUGGAUGGUACAUUUUCUGUGUGUCGUUUCUGAGCCAUUGUUCUGUCUGGGGGACACUGAAGGAGUGGCCCAGUUUGUUUAUUUUGACCACUGUUUCAGAUCUCCGUUUUACUUUUUUUUUUUUAAAUCAAUUGACAUCUAUGUGUCUGUCAUCUAAAUAAAUGGCUUUCAAACAAAACAACUGGGUCACAAAAACCAGCUUAGAGAAGGAAGAAAACCAACCCCAGCCCAUCUCUGGAGGGUAAUUUUUUGUGAGUUUUUUUUUUAAAGCAGCACUGCCCACGCGGGUGUCUCUUCCCCGCCCCUCCCCUCCCGGAACAGCUGGAUACCUAAAGGGAGACAUAGAAUCAAGGAGUCCUUUCCCCAGACGGCCUUUCCUUAGAGUUUUGCUAUCUCAGCUUGACCUCAGCCAAGGCCCAUGAGCCUGUACGUUGCAUCGGUGUAGCCAAGUUGGAAUUCAGCCUCUGCAUGCCACGAAGAGGGAGCCGAGAGGAAGGCAUCAGGAUGGCUAAGGAAACCAUUGCUGUGAGGAGUGUCACUUGUCUCAGCAUACCUGGAGGAAUAGCUUAUUCUCCAUAGCCCAAGUGGAAAUUUAGCGACAGUGACAAGGAGAGAAGUGUGGAUAGACAAAAGAAAGGUCAAAGGGACUUCACAGGUUCAACCUUCCUCUUCAGCUGACACAACUGGUCCUCUGGCAGCCAAUGUUACAGAAGUGGAGGGGAUCCUGGGCCAGGUCUCCAGAGCAAGGCUCAGCCAACUUUUUCUACAACGACGAUGGGCCAAAUAGUAAUUAGGGAGUUUCAGUUCGGCAAGCUGCAUGGUUUCUGUUGCCGCCAGGCAGCUCUGCCAUCCCAGCACAAAAGCACCUCCGCCGCACAGGCUCGGUUUCACUAAGGUUCUCUUCAGCAGGCACCCAGCUGGACAUGUCUCAGACCGUAGGUUAGCAUGCUCCCUGUGCUAGGGAGCAGAAUGAAAAGCAUGCAUUCUGGCCUACCAACUAUCCUACUUCUCCCUAGCAGGCCCCUGAGGCCAGAGACAGCCAUGUUUCUCUAAGCACUUCCCCAGACUCAGCUGGUGUCCCUGUGUGAAGGAUCUCAAUCUCUCAUAGGCUAAGCUUGAAAGAAAAAAAGUUAUUCCGGGGAGGGUGGGCCGGUGAGACGCUAGGAAACCCCCAGAAAGGUAUGAGGCUGCAGAGAACAGAGAGUGUGUGCCUGGAAGGAAGGAAGCCCAGCAUGCCAGGCUUUGCCAUGGGGAAUGAAUGUAGAUUGUGGUGCUCUAAUGCCAUAUGCCUGCGUGGCACCUUGACCCUUUCGGCUUACAUCACUCACAAACAUUCUCUUUUGUUUCUGCCUCAGCUGCUCACUUGUCCCAGAGUCUGAACUGGGUUUGUCAGUGUCUUGUGUUCACCUACUGAUGUGGUUUGUUGUUCCUACUGUAAAUAUUCUUCAUUUGUAUUUAUUAUCUCAGUGUUCCCCCCCCCCAAAGGCACAAAAUCACUUCCUCUGCUCAUAUGAACCUACUGACUGAUCUCUGUUGUGUAUUUUCUACGCCUCUGUCAUCCCCUACCCCCACCCCACCCCAUGCAAAAAGUAAAAAAAAAAAAAAAAAAUCAUUUCAUGAUUCCUUGUGUGAUUAGAAACGUGGAAUAUAUUUAUCUCCAGCGCCCUUUUGCUCAAAACUGUUGGAAGUCUCGUGUGCCUGAUGGAGUCCUUUGCAGAGUCUAAAAUGUAAGCAAGGCAGCCUUUGAAAACCUCCUCCUCCUCGGGCCUCAGCUUCAUACACAUUCACUCGGGAGCCUUCCUGUGAGGAAGGAUGCGAGUCUCCAAAUAAAGAUACAGUGUUUAUUUUGAGCUUUGAAUCUUAACGAGAUGAUUUGAACACCUCUCCUUUGUAUCAAUAAAUAGCUCUGUUAUUCUAAAACGAGAGGGCCAAAGACAGCAAAACCCUUGACAGCCCAAAGCCACAUGAAUAGGAGACAGCAGCCCAGCUGUCCUCACACACAUGCACACUCACCCGCCAGAUCUCAGAACCAGGCCGGUGGCAUCUCUGAAACAGUAUAGAGACAAUAUUGCUGGCACCCAUUUCCUAAGGAAGACUAGUACCAUGUGGGCUGCUCAGUCAGGGUCUGCUUCUGUUACUCAAGCCACGGGGCCCAGGCCCUGUCACGUGGCGUUGUAAGUCUGUCGGCUUCUGGUACACAGUUAGGCCACAGGGCCCGGACACUGUCACGUGGCGUUGUUUUCCUUCAAGCAUUAAUAAAGGUUUUAAAUAAAUGA